AAAAAAACACACGCACGUAUUAGAAAAGUAAACAUGGACGUGACUCCGCAGAGCAUUGCCGCCGCUACAGCUACUACCACUACCCUAGAACAGGCAGCCGAACUUAUGACGGCACCUCUAGAAACACCUGUGCGCUCAAACAACAGAGCGAAACGAAACUACCGUAUCAAAAGCCGAGACAGCAACUUGGAAGACGAGGAUGGGAAUCGGGACGGGGAUCAGGAUAUAGAUCAGACAGAUGGUCCUGCGCAGUUGAAUCAGCAGGAGCAAGCCUCUUUAGAUUCUUUGACAUCGUCAUCCCCAUAUAUUCAAUCUCAAAAGGCUCAAAAUAUCGCAGAAGUUUAUCCUGGCCUAGCAAGGCUCAGUUUCUUGGAUCAGGAUCAAGAUCAAGGUUUGGGCAAGGGUAGUGACGGCGGAAGCGUGAAUUCUUUCACAAAUGUCUUGGAAACUAAAAAACAGAGACGUCCUUUCCAACAACAGCCUACUAUGUCUCAAAUUACCAUUGAGGAUCCCGAUGACAUUUCUAAAGUUGAAGAUCAGAAGGAAAAAGAGAUGCGGUCAUUGAGCACAAGUUCGACCUCUACUUCGACCUCAUCGAAUGCAAAGUCAAAAGCCGUAGCCGUGCCCCCAGUGACUUCUCCAGCUGCUAUGUCGUCAAAGUCGGGAUCAGGAUCAGGAUCAAGUCUGUUUGAAAUUAGAGAAACCGAAUUGGAAGCCAAAGGCAGGGGUAUCUUCUCAGCUGCUAAUGAAAUUCUUAAACCAGGUACACUAGUCUUCAAGGAGCUCGGAUACUGCCAGGUUGUGGAUGAUGAAUCUCUCUCACAAGUGUGUUCUACUUGCUUCAAGGACGUGAGGGAUGAAUUGGGCGAAGAUGAGGCUUCUUCAGCCAGCGUAAACGGACAAAAAAAGCUUGUCCGGUGCGCAGGAUGCAAAGUAGUGUGGUACUGUAACAAGGCGUGCCAGAUCAAGGAUUGGAAACUACACCAUCAAUUGGAAUGUCAGGGUAUCCAAAGAUCAAUGUCAAGCCCAGUUAUGAAGGAGAUCUGGACGAAACGCACUAUUAAUACAACUAUCGCCAGAGCUCUCUGUCGAUUGAUUCGCCGACGCGAGCGCGUCAAGGCAUCGAAAGCUUAUAAGGUGGAACAUGGAAAGAUUGAUAAUUCCCAAAAGCAGGUCAAUGAAGUGUACUUUUCUGGGCUUGAUCAAAAGGAGGAAGAGUGGCUCGAUGAAUAUGGAUCUACAUGGAUUGAGCAAUACCUUCGCACCUAUGAGCAGGAGAAAACACCUGUAGCCGCAACUGCAACCAAUAGUUCUUCACUGGGGACAUUAGAGGAAUCAAGUCCAUUAGCAAAAACUCUUGCCAUUGUUAUGUCAUGUGUAGUAACACCUACAGAAGAUCGAAAUGUAUUUUUAAAAAGCGUAAGAGAACCCUGCGUGAACGUCGAAUCAGCUAGUGGUGAUAGUGCAUUGGAUCUUUUACGAAAGUUGAAUUCAUAUGGGUUCGCCAUCACCAACAUGGAAACAACUACAGCUGUCGGUCUAGCAUUGUAUGUUCAGUGCAUACCAUUUAUGAAUCACUCAUGCAUACCCAACUGUGUUUACACAUUCCGAGGUUCCCGAGUCGAAUGCCGAGUCAUUCGCGAUAUCCAGCCAGGAGAGGAAUUGACAAUUAGCUAUAUUGACCAGAUCGGUACUACACAAGAGCGACAGAAACAACUGAAAGAACAAUAUCGUUUCACCUGUGAUUGUCCGUUGUGUAAAUAUUAUCCAGCCAAUCCCCUGGCCCAGCCUGAAGAUGGCCCAUUGAGGCAAAUCAUUGCGGAUCCACUAUUUGAACCUAGGCUUGACCCUAAACAAGGCUUUGUCUGCUCUAACCUUUCAUGUAAAGCUAUCAACGGACCGAAAUCAAUCCUAGCUAUUGAUUCUCAACUUGCAAUCUAUAAUAAGGUGGAGCUCAAAUGCAGUAGCUGUGGACAUUGCACGGAAAUUACACAGGAGCUUGUUCAAGAGAAUGAGAAGGAAGCACAGAAAUUAAUAGCAGAAUUUGUGCGUGAAAUGAAUGGAGGAGUUGAAAGACAAAUACCAAAAUCAAACUCAAGGAACUUUGAAUUGGCGAAAGUGAAGGCAUCUUCUUCAGAAACACCAUCUGAAGAUACAAAUAGCAUGGAAAGGAAACCUGCUACUGCAGUCAUUGGAGGUUUGAAGACAGUCCGAGAGCCAUCUGCACGAGCUCUGAAGAAUUUUCAGGAUGCAUUCAAGGUGAUCACAGGAAGACCAACAAGUGACUCCGAAAAGGCAGUACCAGCUAUUGAUUCAGCACAAAGCAUCUGUCGUAGCCAUCUUCAUCGACUUUCGCGCCAAUUGAUACAGAUUGGGUUUGAUGAGGCAGUGAGUCACAAGAACUGGGUUUUUGCUUUACAUCGAUCGAUCGAACUGGAGAGAUUACUGAACGAGUCAUAUAUUGGCCACCAUCCCUUGAAAGCGAUCCAAGCAUACUAUACCUGUAAAAUUGCUAACCUGUUGGCGAAUUUGCUUUUGGAGGAAUCUACUGUUGAGAUUGAGGAUAGUGAGGAGGAAAAGGAUAAGGAUUAUGGCAUGUUGGACAGCGAUGACGAAGCGGACCUCAAGUUACUACGUGAUGCAAUGCGUAAGAAUGGGACCGGAUCUAUGCAGGAACAACUAUUAAGAAGAAAGCGGAAAGAAAAUGAAGAGGGAUCAUCAACAGGGGAAGGAAAUGCUGAAGAUCGACGCAAGAAGCGUGUACAAGAAAAAGAAGUAUCACGGACUCAAAUUGAGUCCUCGCAACAGCUACAGCGAUAUCUCCAGUCACUUGUACCCAAGAUUGAAGAUCCCAAGAUUCUAGUUCAAGUCCGGACAUGUUGGGGUAAGGAUGGCAAGCUUGGAAGCCGAUACCGGUGUCUGAUUGACUCGUUGAAACAGGCGCUGCAUUAUGCAGCAUUGCCUUUUGUUUCACAAGAGCAGAAGCAAAAAACAAUUUGAAAAGCAAUAUAAACUCAUCUUAAUAAAUAAAUGACCUUGG